CUGUUUGAUUGUUAGGUUUUCUUUUUCUUUUUUUUUUUUUUUUUGGGGGGGGUGGGGGGAAGUGUGAGUUGGUGUUUAUGAGAAGCUUUAUGACUCCUGAUAAGCUCAUCUUUGAGGACGACACAGAACUGUGUUCCUUGAGGAAUUGGGGUGGUGACGUCUUUUCUGAUACCCGAUUAUUACGUGACUGAGAAAAAAAAAAAAAAAGGCAUUUGAUUCAUGAAUAAAAAUCCGGACACCACUACGGGGGCAACAAACAAUAUUGCCCGUCCUCUAAGGUAACAAGCAGGCAAUGUUUACGAAGAGGGCUCUUGCUGAAGCGGAGUGUUUGCAAAGAUUUUCUUGCUAAUUGCGUAUCAGACGGAAGGCUGUGGAAGGCUGGUCAAGUUUGGAGCCACCGAGCAGGAGAAGAAGAGAAGGCUGAAGGCGCUCAGUGAGGGGAGAGUUCUGGGGAAGACAACAUCGCACGCAGCCAGCCCGCGGCUCCCGCCUCCGCUCCCUCCCGGACUCACUCGCUCUCUUCGCUCUUCCCCAGCGCUCGGUUCUCCGGCGACAUCUCACUCCAUCCCUCUUUCUCCAUUCCCUUGUAGACUCCACUCCAGAUCUGUGCUGCUACCUGCAAACUUUUUUCCUUUAUCUUUUUUCCCCCCUCCUGUCUCUCUUUUUCUUUUUGGAGUGGAUUGCUCUAAAACCAGCAAACAACUAACUACUGCCGCUUCUGCAUCUUCUGCAUCCCGCCGGUCCUUCACCCAUCGGAGAGGCAAUGUCACGAGGGUUUUAACUCCUUUUGGACUCAGCUUGGGAGAGAGCUCGAUUUCUCUCCCUCCCCAUUUUGGGUCUUUAUUUUUUUCUCCCCCAAGACCUGCCUUUUAAGUUUCGCAGCCAAACGCUCUCAGUGCCGGGUGUCUAGAGUUUAAUGAGUGGCAAUGUGUAGCAAAGCGAUCCUAGCACUCCUGGUCUAUGGCAUAAUAAUGCACUGCAGCGUCUAUUGCUCACCUGCGGCCGGACUUCAGUACCCGGCGCUCAGGCUGGAGGAUGAAGUCUACGACGAGGACGGGAACACACUGCAGGACUUCGCCUACGACCACGAGCCCCUCGGUAUAGCGAAUCCGUCCUCCAUGAUCGGCGAGAUGUACACCUUGUAUUACCCACCGGAAAAGAGGCACGCCGAUGGGAUCUUCAACAAAGCCUACAGGAAACUCCUGGGCCAGCUAUCUGCCAGGAAAUAUCUGCACUCCCUGAUGGCCAAGCGGGUCGGCGGUGCCAGCGGCGGCCUGGGGGACGAUGCGGAACCGCUGACCAAGCGGCACAUAGACGGCAUCUUCACGGACAGCUACAGCCGCUACCGGAAACAAAUGGCUGUCAAGAAAUACUUAGCAGCCGUCCUGGGGAAAAGGUAUAAACAAAGAGUUAAAAACAAAGGACGCCGAGUAGCGUAUUUGUAGCGAUGUGAGUAACCAGCCACUCCUGUGUAUACAAAGUCCUAAGAGAGAGAGAGAGAGAGAGAGAGAGAAAGAGAGAGAGAUAAACCCAACAACAACAACAACAAAAUCUAAACAAAAACAAAAGUCAUUUCCAAACUGACUGAACAAUCACCGCUCCUGUGUUAUCUAAACAUGUAUUUAUGUAUGAAGUAAAGCCAUUAAAUGAAUAUUUUGAUAAUAAUAUUGUUUUUCUUUUGUACAAAAAGCACUAGAGAAACGCACAGAUCUACUUUGUGGACCAAUCAUUAAGUUAUAUAUAAUAUAUAAAUAUAUAUAUAUAAAUACUAAGAAUAGUAAAGAACAAUUCUACAUGAAAAGCCUGCACAAGAACAAGAAUUCGCCUGAGCUGUUUAUGUUUUUAUAUAAAAUAAAUAGAAAAAAAGAGACAAUCAUUGUUUUGAAUAUUACUCCUAUUUUUGUAACAGAAAUUAAAAGGAUAGUAUUUUUAUCCGCGACAGGGUCGAAGACAUUAAUUUUCACCAUUUGCUACUGUACAUAGACAAGGAUGACCUGCUCCCAGGGGGAUUAUGUGGAAAUUGAUUUGGGAGAAUUGGUGAAGCAGAUUCUUCCCCUGGUGAGUCUCAAGGCAGGCUCCUUUGCCACUAGCCUCUCUGAAGGGGCAGCGUCCCCUUUCUUCUAGAUUUCGAUUAUUUUUUUUUCUCUCCUGCUUUCUUUGAUUCCAGUUGUAUCUCUAUUAGUGUAUCCUCAAAAAAUGAGCUUAGAGGAUAAUUAUCUUGUGAAAACAACAGCUCGAUCCAAAUUGUGCAUCUCUGUUGCCUAUUGGAGGGAGAAAUAGUUGAAAAACCAAAACUAAAAUAAUAAUAACAACAAAAAAAAUUCAAAAUAAAACCAAAAAUAGCUAAACUCAAAACCCCAACCCCCAAAUCCCGAACCAGCAGCAAGGGUAGUACGUACUAAGCCCCGUGCACUGCUCUUCUGGCUGUCUGGGCAGAGUUGCAGAACAAAGCCAAAGCAGAGACAGGACCCGUUUGGAAAGAGUGGAGAUGUGAGCGGGGGCGGCCCCCGGCGCGCCCCGGGGCCGGAGCCGCUACCGGAGCCGGCGCCGUAGGGUCGAGGUAAGACGAGGCGAUCCCACCUCCGAUCCGCUACCCAACUGCCCCGGGCAGCUCGGUACUGGACCUGGAUGCAAAGUACAAUGUGUUACUCUCCAGUGCUGUCCAUGCUUCUCAUCAUGUGUAAUAAUGAGCAGGGUUCUCGCCUUUGCAUUUUUUCGGUCGGAGUUGCUCUUUUCUUUGAUUGCUUUUUCUUGUAGGACCUCCCGCCUCUCAUCCUCUCUUCGAACUUUUCCGAGCUCUGUUUAACCCACCUGAGACACCUUUUUGGGUUAUGUUCUUUUUGGAAAAAAGAAAAAAAAAGAAAAAAAAAAAAAAAAGAUUGUGAACGCUCUCUCACUCCUUUGUUCUGUUUUAUGCAAGCACUUAUUGUACAAGUUUAGGAACCCCUGUUGUAGCUACCACUAAAGAAUUAUGCACUACUACGAAAGUUUUUGUUCCUUGUUUAUUGAGUUUGGAGGUAAAAUGUAUUUUUCUACAUUCUGGCUUAUUGCUUAGUAAAAUUUAUUUCAUAAAACAAACUUUUGUCAUAAAAGAAUGUGUAGUGUUCACCUGUGGUCCGGUUUCUAACGAGAUAAACCAUUUUCACCUCAUCUCUCUAUGUACGGACUCCUAUCUUAGCGUCUGCCCGGGGGCUGGUCCGGUCCCCGCCCGGGCCGGGAGCGGAGGAGGACACGUAGGUACCCGCUUCCUUCCAGCUCACCACACAAACCUUACAGGAGUCUUUCCAAAGACACAAAACGAGCCCCGCAUUCAAGACGUCGGAAAGCAACCCCCCAACCCCCCUACAAACCCUGGCGGGUAAAAACCUUCCUUCCCGGGCCAGGAGGAGCGGGCCGGGCCGGGCCAGGCCGGGCCCGUCGGGGCGGGCGGGCGCUGCCCGUGCGCGUCCCCGCGCUGCCCCGGCCGCCCCGCCGGGAGCGCGCCCGGGCCGCAGGGACGCGGGGCGCAGUGUGCAGCUUUCGUGCCUUCUCUUCACCUUGUAAAUCGCCACGAGUUCACGGAUGGCUAUUUAGUGGCCCUACGAUGCUGCAACACAUCGGCUUGCGUUUUAGUCGUCCUUCUGUUCUUUGGCCAUGGGCAGAGUGCGCUGUGUUCGUGUCGGCUGUGGUAUAAUGACAUAGGGCUCUCUUGACGUUUUGUUUAUGACCUUAUCAGUUAGAGUUCAGUGGCUAGUCGCAAGCAUUAUGAAGUGAUCACCUAGGUUAUUAUCCUCUGUACGAUUUUUCUUUCUUUCUUUUUUUUUUUUUUUUCAGAAACGCCAACAGCCUUACCAAAAUUUGAGCAGAUUUGAGAUACAGUCAUAGUAGGUAGAUGUUAGUCUUGGAGAACUUAUUUUGUGUGCAAAUGAAUAUAAAAAGAACUUAAACAAAGUAUUAUUACACACAUGAUAUCUAUAACUAGGACUUUGAUAACUGUUAUACAAAGUGUGUAAAGUUUGUAUUAAUAAAUUUUUGUAAACAAUGCAAUUUCGUCUAAUGUUUGCGGGAGAGAAAUCUAGAACCUACCAAUGAAAGCUGCAUUUCAUUUAAUUUUUUAAAAACAGUUCAUUAUUAAGCAGAAUUAUUCUGUUUCAUGCCCGGGCUAUCUUUUCAGUAAGUUUCCACAUUUUAUCACCUCUACUCUGUUCGAGUAAACUAAACAGAACUGCCCGAGUAAAGAGCCUAGUCCCACAAACACCAGCUCAAAACACUGUCUAAAAUAUGCAAAUCAGACUAGUCGGCGCCUAUGGUCCAUUUCUCUAACAAUUCCUGUGCUUAGAAGCCGUUUAUUUCAAGCGGAAUUGGUAUGUUUGAUGAGAUCUUUUCCUAAUCCGCUUUUAAUGAACAUUCUGUAUGCGAUAAUGUGCUUCCAAGUGUCACCCGGCUUGGGCAACGGCAG